AUGGCUACUUUAGGUAGCGGUGCUAUAACUAUUUUACAAGAAAAAUUUGGUGCCGCUGGUAGAAUGCAUAAACCAAUUAAAAUAUUAAGCGAUGAUGCAAGGGUCAGAUUAGCACAACAAUCGCAUAAAACAGAUACUGUUUCGGCUAAUAACGUUAUUUCACGCAUGAGCUUACCUACUCAAGAGGAAAGGUUCUUACAAUUUCAACCUCAGGACUUUCCAAAUCUUUUGAUGCCCGUUAAUCGUAGAAGACGUUCUCAAUCUGUGAACAAACAUCCAGAUGAUACUGAAAAAAGAAUCAGAAUCGUCUUCAGCUAUCUUAUUACAGGAUUUUCCUUGGAAACCGCAAAAUUAUCUAUGAGGGCUGGUUUGGGUAUUGCGAAAACUGUUACCGGUGUAAUAUCGGAUAGAUUGGUUCAAACUAUAUCAAGGGAUGCUGAGACUGAAGAUAUGAAAGAAAACAUUUAUGAUGAAUUAGAAUAUUUGUUACUUGAAGAUGAAGGGGAUGAAGAAUUGAUGCUACUGGAGAUUAAAUAUUCAAAAUUUGGUAUUUGCGCUUAUGAUUUUAAAAUCGCUAUUAUUGAUAAAAUACUUUUCCCAAAGUUCCCAAUUAAAUCACAGAGGUGGAAGGAACGUGGUAGAUUACAUAGAUCUUCGUUCGCGUCUAAUACCGAUUUACCAUUUGAUAGUAUAAUUGAUUCUCACACACAAAACACCAAAAAAUCCAAUCUAAGGGGUACGAUGAGUAUAUGGUACCGAUCUAGUCUGUCGAUUAUCGUUAGGACAUGUAAGAGAUUUGUAAGAUUUUUGGGAUCUAAUAAACAAAAAGGUGGGGAAGAAGGACAGGAAACGGCAAGUAGAAAAGAUAAAGAAGAGUUUGAGAAUUUCUUUUGGAGAGCACGACAAGAUGUUUAUAAACAUAUGCAAAAUGAAAAAUUAUAUCCGCCCGGUACAGUUUAUUGGAUUAUCGGAAAUGAAAGAAAACCUUAUUGUGAUGCUCGUGAUGACGAUGAAGCAGAAGGGAGCAAUAAAGAAGAAGAAAAGGCUUCUGACGUUAAAGGAAACGGAAACGAAAAAGAAUGUAAUGUUAACAACGAUGAUGAUAUAUUUGAGAAAAAGGGUAACAUUACGACGAGUUCUGAUAAACAGUAUAUAAUGUUGGAAAUUGAUGAUGAAUCAAAAAUCUUUGAAAAAAUUUGGUUUUCUUCUCAUAUGUAUGGUAAGAUAACAACAAAUAAUUCGUUGAGAUUACAUCCAAAAUUUGGAAAGAAUCAAAAUUUACCAAUUGAUGAUGAAUUUAAGGAACGUUUAAAAAAAUUAUUGCAUAAUUUUCAAGCACCUAUCCGAUACGUCAUUGCUUAUGGUAGUGGCGUAUUUCCGCAACAAGUUGGACAUCCACAACAUUGGCAUUCAUUAAACAUUAAUCAAAAUAGAAAUCAUUAUAGUUUUAUGGGCACUUUAGGUAGCGGUGCUAUAACUAUUUUACAAGAAAAAUUUGGUGCGGGUAUUUAUUAUAAUCCAUAUGUCAAAGUCGAAGAUACGUUGAUUAAAUAUGGGGUCGUUUCAAUAGAUAAAAUGUGUAAAGACUUAUUAAAUUGGGAAACACUUUAUUUAGCAGGUAGAAUGCAUAAACCAGUUAAAAUAUUAAGCGAUGAUGCAAGGGUCAGAUUAGCACAACAAGUAAAUUUAGCAAGUGCAUUACGUACUGCCUUGCUUUUAUUACCAAAAGAUUUUACGGAAGAAGAACUUUAUCUAACAAUCUCUUCCAUAUCAUUUAAAGGUGAUUUUCGUAAAUAUUUCGGAGAAAAUCCCAAUAAGAUAAGGAAUGUUGUAUCAAGACAAAUGAAUAAUUUUAAUUUAUUAUAUGGAGGAUUAAUUCAAGGAUUACCUAUCGUUGAUUUUGUCGCAAAUGGGAAGUUGCAGCAAGAUGAUAGUCCAAAGGCAAGAGCACAAAUGAUACAGAAAUUACCUAGAACAUUAAAGUAUAAAGUACAAGAGGAACAUAGAAUGGUAUUGGCUGGGAAAGGAAUCCAUUGGCCGUCAGGAUUGAGAGACAUUAUAUUUAAACCGGUAUUAUCACAAAGUUUAAAAGGAAUAUUAACAGCUGGAUUAAGUAAGAGCACAACAUAUGCUUGUAGUAAAAUAGGAAAAUGGAUCAGGAGGCCAGCAUAA